GGACGCUCUUACAAAACCAUUUGCAAGGGGGGCCGUUGGAGAGAAACCCAACCGGAAUUUAUCACCUCUUGCAUAAUAUUACACACAUCAACACGUGAGGUCAACAGCGCGCCCCGGUGAGGGGGACCGGACCGUGGGGACCGAAGCUGUCAGUAGUCCGCUGCUUGAACACAAUAUCUGGACCGAGCACAACAACAGGGGACCUCGCGCCCCUGUCUCUCAAAGUAGGAGCACCGCCUGCAACUUGAGAUUCAUCUCAGAUGCAUGUGAACUUUGAAAACUUAUGUCAUUCCAUUUUUUUUUUUUUGUUGGUGAUUCCUGGGACUUUUUGGGGUUUCUGGCACACCUUUUACGCACGCCUGACGCACACUGUAGUGUGAUCUGAUUGUGUGAGAAACUUUCAAUCCGGGGCAGCGAUCUCAACCCCACUCUGCUCGGGACUUCAUGAUCAAGUUGUAGCCUAUAAAAAGCGGGAGGGCGAAGAAGGAUGCUUGGAAAAUAUUUAUAACAGCACACCAAGCGGAGGAGACCGAGUCUGUUCGCGAUACUCGACUGAGAAGAAACCGAGGACCGUAAAUCACAAGGAGGCGCGCGGGGGCUGCAGAGGUGAACGAGGACAAGACAGGUUGGUGGCUCCAAAUUCAACGCGCGCUCGAGUUUCAGCUGCCCCGCUGGACUCUUCCUGGUAUUAAAGCUGCGUGCAUUUGACCCGGGUUACGUUGUCAACAAGAGCAGCGAGCGGAGGCGCACUGGCAGGUGUACAAGUUCAUGUACAUGCAUACGUAAAUUCACGCCACUAUUUAUAGAAGUUGGGACGAGCAGCCUUAAUAAGUUUCUCCUCCCACCCGCCGGACCUGCAGCAGCUCUGUGCACGUGUCUAUAUAUACACACACACACACACACAUACACACACACACCAUACAGGCUGUUAGUACUCUUCGCAAUCUGUAUCCGAGAGGGGAGCCCGCCGUCGGUUUGGCUGUGAGGGCAGGAGUCGUCGCAUGGACUGACAUGGCUACCGACCUGGCCAUGAGCGCGGAGCUGCCGAACAGCCCGCUGGCAAUCGAGUACGUCAAUGACUUUGACCUCAUGAAGUUCGAGGUGAAGAAGGAGCCUCCGGAGGCCGAGCGCUACUGCCACCGCCUCCCGUCAGGCUCCCUGUCCUCCACCCCGAUCAGCACCCCCUGCUCCUCGGUGCCUUCCUCGCCGAGCUUCUGCGCCCCGAGCCCGGGCGCGCAGCCCAACCAGAGCCUCACCAGCAGCGGCAUCAACAGCAGCGGCGGCAGCAACAGCAGCGGCGGCGGCAACAAUCACGGCGGCGGCGGCGGCGCGGGCAAGCCGCAGCUAGAAGACCUGUACUGGAUCCCCAGCUACCAGCACCACAUCAACCCCGAGGCGCUCAACCUGACCCCGGAGGACGCGGUGGAGGCCCUCAUCGGGAACGCGCACCACCACCACCACCACCACCAGGCCUACGAGGGCUUCCGCGGGCAGCAGUACGCGGUCGGGGACGACCUGUCCGCGGCCUCGGCCGCGCACCAUCACCAGGGCCACCACCACCACCACCAUCACCACCACGGCCACCACGCGCGCUUGGAGGACCGCUUCUCGGACGAGCAGCUGGUCAGCAUGACGGUGCGGGAGCUGAACCGGCAGCUGCGGGGCUUCAGCAAGGAGGAGGUGAUCCGCCUGAAGCAGAAGCGGCGCACCCUGAAGAACCGCGGCUACGCGCAGUCCUGCCGCUUCAAACGCGUGCAGCAGAGGCACAUGCUGGAGACGGAGAAGUGCAGCCUGCAGACCCAGGUGGAGCAGCUGAAGCAGGACGUGGUGCGCCUCGCCAAGGAGAGGGAUCUUUACAAGGAGAAGUACGAGAAGCUGGCCAGCCGGACCUACUCUGUCGGGGGGGCCGCGAACACGCGAGAUCCGUCCGGGAAACAGGCCGAGUUCUUCAUGUGAGAGACUGGACGAUUUGUAGCAUAGACUCUGAAUUACACAAGCCCACCUAAACGUCCUUGUUGCGUUCAUUUAUUUAUUAAUUUUUCUGCAUUUUUUGUUUUUUUUUUGCUUACAGUUAUUCCCUUUGACAAAGACUUCAAAACACAAGCAAACAAAUACGCAUCAGAUGCGCACAAAAGUAAUCCUUGUGAGCAUUUUUGAGUCUUAAAUAUGUUUUGGCUAAACUUCUGUACACGCUCACCUGUCAGGUGGGCACAAGGGAUCACGUAGUCUGUCUGGACGUUGUCUCCGGGGCGACAGCACCUGCAGCUCGGAAGUCUUACUGAACCAUCUGGCACUUCGAAUGACUGUCUUAAUUCAGAAGGAGAGACGAUUUUUGUCUUAACAGUGGCGAAAGAAAGAUUUUUUUUUUGAAUGGAUCAGAGUGGACUGAAGUCGAAGCAGAAAAAGCAAUACCCCCCCCCCCCCCCCCCCCCCCCCCCCCCCCCCCCGUGGAUGGAAAGCAUGGCCCAUGGUUCUCUCCUCUUCCUCCGUCCUCUGCCACAAAUAAGGCCUGGGUAUGCAAAAACAAAUACACAAAAACACAAAUCCCCACCCCCCACACCCCACACCCCUUCUACCCCCCAUAAACCCGGAGAGGUGCAAGGACUGCGGACAAAAAACCCCAAUCUGCUACUGCGAACCCAUGGAUGCGUCUUCAACUGCUGUUUUCAAUCAAAUUUUCUAUUGUUUUAAAAAAAAAAAAAACGACAAAAAAACGACAAAAAGAGAUUAACUGAGCCAGAUUUUGGACUGUAUUUAUUUCCACCUGUACAUAAUGUGUAGAGAAGAACAGUUCCCUGUGUUAUUUUAACCUUUUAGUUUUUUCUCUCUUUUUAAAGAAAAAAAACGAAACUGCUUUUCGUUGCUUGGAUUAUUCGAAAAUGUCUUAAUACAAAUGUUUGUAUGUUACAGCAUGCAAAUCGUCUAUGGUAUCCUCCUCCUCCUCCUCCUGAACAUGUGUAAUGUCAAAGACAAGCCUAUACUGCACUAAGAAGAGAUCUAACGUUGUGUUUUCUACUGAUAGGACCUUUGAUCUGUUACUCUCUAAAAUCCUGGAUGGGAAUUCUGAUUUAUUAGAUGGACAAGGAUUGCAUUCGCUGCUAAAACUCUAUGCACCAACCUGAUGAUUAAAAGACUUAGUUUAAUGGUUAUUUUCUGUUUUUUACGUUGGAUAUUUGUAGAGGAGAUUCUUUUGGGGCCCGUGGGUUCGUUGUGCAGCCCGGUGUCUUAAGAAGAGCUCGUGUCUGACAGGAGGAUGAUGAUUGGUUUAAAGAGGAGGCUGUUCUCGGAGUAACUGGAUGCAUUAUUCUACCAAGAAACCCCCGGUUCGUGUGUGUUUCUGCUGCCUAGAUAUAUAAGUGCAGUAUUGUGCAGAAGGGUCCGAUGCUCAGACUACCUGUUGGAUGGAAACCCGCACGAGGAGAGGCUGGAAAGAUUCAAAUUUAGAUCCAGAAAAACAAAAAUAAAUCACGUGUUGUGUUGCUCUCCGAAAUGUUCCAUCUUUGAUGUGAGCCAGAAGAACAAAAACGAUCAAAAUGUCUCUUAAAAACGCCACGUGAUCUCAUCCCAGAUGCAUUUUAAUCGAAAAAAAUUAGACAACAACGGUUUCCCUUUUUAGAUUUUUAAAUUUUUUUUAUUUACUUUUUGGUCUGAUGUGACUUCAUAUUCGACUCAUUUUUACUAAAUCAAUUACAUAACGAAUUAUCGCGAGACAUAGGCUACACAGGAGAGUAAACUUCUGCACAGUGCUGUUAAUGUAUAUCUGUACAUAUAAUUUCUAUAUUUAUUCAAUGAACUUGUCCUAACGUGUCAACAAGUGAACAACCUACAAAGUGGAACGUGGCUGAGAAUCUUGUUUUCAUAAUGUUUAAUAAAAAGUUCUGUCCCAAA